UGCCUCCAUCCAUUCCUGGUUGUAGCUCGACAGUGAGAAGUGCGAACAAAAGGCAGUCAGGGGUUUUCCUAUGGAAAACUCCAACCCUGGAGAUGGAUCAGGAAUCUGCAACUUCAGGGAAAACAGAAGGUGUUGCCAACAAAAGAAGGCGAAACCAGGCUCAAAGGUUGGGGAGUCCCGGUGUGACGAAUCAGAGGGAGACAACCAGAAAGAGAAGGACCCGGAGAAGGAAGAAUAAAGCAGGCUCUAAUGCCACUGUGGGUCAGGAUGCAGGACCACGCAAUGUGCAGUCAUUGAGUUGCCAGACGGAGGACACUUGUCCGAGACAGGUCGACUCGUCUGGACCAGCAGGGGGUGGACUGGUCACAGCUCAAACACAGACCCUGAACCUCAAAGUGCGUCACGAAGAAACUCAGACACCAGUCUUGGUCCAAAAGACCCAGGAGACACAAACUGAUGUUGGAGAAACAUCAACAGAUGUGAAAAGUGAAGACUCUACCCAGAAUCCACCAGACUCCGGUAGUUCUGCUGGUGACCACGGGGUGGCGCCAAGGUCACUGCAGGAUCCAGCUGAAGCAAAGCCUGCUCAGAGAAAUCCCUCCGGGCCCAGCCCCACUUCACUACCUCAAGAUAAGCAUGGAGGACCGGUGUCAUAUGCCAGAGCUGUGUCAGGAGGGUUGAAGAGUCCAUCACAUGACUUAGAGAAAACAUCCAACCAAAAAUCGCAUCGCAGCGCUGAGAUGGUGCCCCUCAGUGGCUCCACGAUCCGUAUUCACCUGUACGCACUUCUGGACAAGAAGUUCAAUUUCAAUCCGGACGAAGACUCACUGGUGUUUUACACCGAGGGCCAAGCCUAUUCAGUGUCAUUGGAGAGUUCAUGUUUUCAGAAAGACAAAAGCAUUGUGAUCCAAGCGAGUUUCUCUGUGGAAGAACGCCACCUGACGAGAGGACCAAGAUUCAUCUACCAUUACAGAGUCAGGCGGCAUCAGAGGGAAUUUCACGAAAGUGCAACACGAGGAUUUUUCCUUCCAUAUAACACCAACAUCAGUGACUUGCACAUAUAUGAAGGAUUCAUCGGUCGCUCAGUAAACUACUUCAGCAGUGUGAUGAGCAUGUUAAGCCUCAUCGGGCCUCGGGCAGAAGAACUCUUUGAAUGCUGGCAGUCGUCUGCUGCACUCCUUCUGGACACCAUCUUUGAGAAAUGGAUCCCAUCUGACCCAGAGAGCACAAAGACACUUUACAGCCACCUGCAAUACUUCUUAAGGGAUCUGGGCUCAGCACCGGACCGAGUGACGUACCCCCACGACUCAUCCCCAGUGAUAAAGGUGGAUGAGUUGGUUUCGAAGUGUCUGGUCCAGAUCCUGAAAGGAGAGCAACUUGACAAAUACCCAAGAAUCUUCAGCAACUCAAAUCCACUUAUCCUGGGCUGCCAGGUGUUCCGGGUGACAACACAAUUCCAGUUCUCACUUGGCAUCAUUGGUUUUGCAGAACUUUGUGUUCGGAUGUCAUCAGAAGAGGCUUCACACCCCAAAAUGCUGGAGGAGCUUCUGCGCUAUUAUGGCAUCAUCACCCCACAGUAUUGCUAUAAACUGUGUCAACGUGAGACUGACCCCUCUGCCACUGCCUCCUUCAGCCUGGUUCUCGCUCUCAUCAAUCGCUGCAUACAACUGGCUGUGCCUGAGGUGGUGCUUCUGCUGCGCCUGCUGUUGGCUGUGAGACAGGCGGACGCUCACGCCGCCAUGCUCGGACCCAUUGUGGAGGAGAAGAAUUGGUGUGGGCUGGAGGGAGUUGACUUUUACAGAUUCAGAGACCUUAUUCGGCACCAUCCAGAUAAACGAUCGAGGGUUCUGCGCCUGAUCCAAACUCUGGUGUCCAAUGUGAAUGAACCCCAGCAGCUACUCCUUAUCAGCUGCUCUGCCCUGGUCCCGUUCCCGGAUCUUCCUGCAUACGCCAAACUGACAGGGAUCCAAGUCGAACAUCUGAUACAAGGCCUGAUGUACCGACUGCGAAGAUGUCGGGAGGAAACAGUUCUCAAGCAGGUUGAGGAGAAUCUAAAGGACACGAAGAGAACUGUUGACCAGAUCUUGCUGAAGCUGGACAACAGGCGUGAUUGUCACGUGUGCAGACUAUAUGGAAACAUAAACCAUGUCUUCAAGAGCACCGUCAGUUUGCUCCAGUCCGCCUGUGCCACUGCACGCCUGGUUCCGAUGUACACUGCUGUCGUCUGCUGCUACCAGUUGGUGCUGAGAACUGCAGAGAUCUGUGCUGUGACUGAGGAGGAGACCUCCAAUGAAGACCUGGCGCCUGGGCAGCUCAAGAAGGACCUGAGUCAGGUGCAACAGCUGAUUCGAAACUGGAGACUAGACCUGCUGAAGAAAAAGCUGCUGACAUCAUCAGGGGAGUUCACUUACCCCGAAGAAAUCCAGAUUUGGGACUCCCUGAUGAAGAUCGAAUGUACAUUAGACGAAGUUACAUCUGAGUGGAGGCACGACUGGAGUGAGGACCUGAUGAAGAGGAUUUCUCAAGUCAGUGAUCAAGAGCAGGUCUUGCUCUGCUGUCUCCCGUCCUUGAAGACCAUCCAGAUGAGUCAUGACAGGGUUCAGUCCUGUUUCUAUGAGUCAUGUCGCACUGCCAUCGCUGCCAUAUGCCAGAGGGCACAAGAAGGCAACCUGAUGCAAACCUUGAACUCCAAAGUGAAGAAUGUCUCCCAGUUUGUCGUGUCUGAACUGCUCAUCCAGUCUACUAAGAGAUUCAUGCACGACUCUGUCACUUGGCUGCUAGAUGGACAGUCUGUUCUUCAUGUAUUGCUGACUACCACCGAUGACUGGCGGUCCCUCCCUGUGGAUGACGCAGCAGAAGCAGUAGUCCAUCGUGGUGUGAACACACUUGGAUCUCUGCUGGACUCACUGCUGCAGGGCCAUGUCACCCUGAAAGACCUCCUCACAUGCCUGAAGUACUCAGAGGAGCUAAGGAGACUCCACCAGCUGUACAAGAAGAACUCACCUGCUAUGAGUUCGGUGGAUCUGGACCUGGUUCUAGCUCAGAGGCAGAGGGAAUUGAACUCAUUCCAGCAGCGACAGCAGCAGAUGGACGUGCUGAUAAAGAUGAUAGCAAAGGUGUCGGACUGUGUUUCAGUUCCUGACCUCCAGGCCCUGGACGAGCAGCACAGUGCAGAUAUCUCUUCUAUGCCCGUCAACAACCUGGUUUUGAUCCACUCUUUUGACAAGGAAGGCAAACAAAGGACAAUGGGAGGUCCGUCCCAGGUUUUGUGGUACAACACCAGCAUCAGUACACUGAAGAUGGCCACAGAAAUGCUCAAACUGAAGGAUAGCAGUCUUGUCCUUUCCUCCUGGGUCAGAAGGUUCUCAGACCUUUCGUCUUCCAGGUCAAAGCAACUCCAACUUACUCUUGUGCAGAUCUGCAACAAUGUCUGGACCCCGAUCAUGUCAGAAUUCUUGCAGCUAGCUGUUGCCAUGUCAACUGCCAACAUCACUGUUGGGCAGCUGCAGCAGGUUCUGCUGGAGACGGGUGAUAGGGGUCAAGGUGGGGUGCUGCGUAAAGAGCUGGUGAUGAUGACAGAAUCCCUUUCUGAGAAUGCACACUUUGAUGCGAACAAGAACUGGGUCAAGGACCGCCUCGCUCAAAUCGACCAAUAUCUAGUGCUGCGAGAUGCAGCAGCUGCCGCUGAUGCCAUCCUGACCGUCGUGGAGGGACUGCGGCUCUCUGGAGACUUCUCCGAAAUCCAAUCACUACGACAAGUGAGAGAAGAUCGUUUUCAGAAAGUGGCGCUGGGCUCCAUCGGUGACCACCUCAUCCAAGCCCAAAAACCACUUGCUGGCAUGUCUGAACAGCAGCGGUUCUGUCUGGAGGCGUUCGCGUCCAGUCUGGUUCUGGUCCACUGGGUUAAAAGGAACUUGGAGAACCAGAGUCAUGUGAAAGUAUUUGUGGAACUAGCAUGUAUCUCAGCUGGAGACAACGGUGUUGAGAUUGACCGGGUAGUAAGUUUCCAUGACGCUGUCCUUGGUUACGGACCGCUCAUCUACUCCCUUCCUCCCAACACUGGACUGGACCAGUUCCUGUCGAUGGCCGCAAGAGUUUGGGAGAUGCAGCGACGUGACGACAAACUUGCGGACAAACUGGUUGAAUCGACCCGCUGGCUUGACUGGUUGAAAUCUCUGAAGGAAACUCAUGGGUCGGUGGAGGAGUCGUCGUUGUCGCUUGUGGCGGCCAUCAUUGAUCGUGGUGUCUUCCACAUCUGCUGUUCAGACCAAAACACACAGAAGCAGAGACUACAAAACAUGGUUCGCCUCAUACUCACCCGGGAUCAGGAGGUGAAGACUCUGAGACUGGAUGAACUGCUGGAGCUCCAGAACAAACUCAUGCUGAUGUCAUCACGAGGCGAACGCCACCACCAUCAGGUCGACACCUUCUCUGAGGUCUUCGAGGGAGUCCAGCGUCUCGCCUCCAUCCUCUACCAGAUGCAAAUAUCUGGCAAUUUUCUGUUUCGGGAAUGCAAGAUGCAAGUCCAAUGCAGUCCAGAACUUCUCCUUCAAAUCAGGAUUGUGUUCAGCCCUUCAACUCGCCGGGAGUUCCAUUACUCUGGAACCACGAUGGGCUGCAUUCAGCAACUUGCCCAAACUCUGGAACUCUGCCACAAGGACUGGACUUCCUACAUCCAGCUAAUGCGAUCACGGUUCCAUCUGAUGAACCACUUCACCUGUCAGCAACUGGUCUAUCUUAGUCACUGGUUAUACCGGGUCUGUUUUCAGCAGAGCCCGGCACCACAGCAGCUCUGGUUCUUGCUACAUCCUGUCAAACCUCAGUGCAACCUUGCAGACCUGAGGUAUGCUUAUAGUUGCGCAGAGAGUCUUGUCUCCCGGCUAAAGGCUGACCAGGAAGAUGUCAAAAUGUCUGGACAGGAGGACUUGAUGGAGUUCUCCUCAGAAGAUGAAGACCCAGGCAAUUCAUCAAUGGUCAUAAGUGAGAAGGGCGAAACACUUGAGGAGUUCUGGGGAAGGUUCAAAGCCAACAUGCCACUACUCCUGAGAGAGUACCUGGACCUUCGUACUCUGGCGCACUUCCUGUCCUGCCUGGCUGACCAGAAUCAGCUACAGGCCUUCAGGAGAUUUCCAGCAGUCUUGCAGGAGGGAAAACCAAAUCUUGUACUCUGUGCCAAAACAGACGUUCUGACCACGGUCCUGACCCUGUUUGCUUUUAGUGCAGACCAGCCGCUGCCCUCGUCUGAUGAGGUUAUGCUCUGCAGUGAGGACACAACAGCUGAGGAGGUGGAGUUAUUCCUCAGACGAGCCCUGGGCCCAGCUUCUGGGAAGAAUUGGAAGAAGAUCUACUGCCUUGUCAAUCCAGGGCUGCUGUGUUAUGACGUGGGUUUUGUUCUGGGUCAACUCUAUGAAGAGUUGGAGCAGAGAGCUGGAACACAGUACCGGCUGGUUAUCGUCAGCCCAGUGGACCACCAGUACCGUUACGUACCCUCAUUCUUCAGCAGUGACAAGGUUCAGAUGGGUAUCAAUCCAUCUGCCGCUGAGGUCCACAGGUAUCUGCUACAUCAUUUCUCCCAGAGGUCGGUCCAACCAGUGUCGAUGGACCGCCUCUCAGUCCUGGUGGUGUCAUCUACUCGUCCUGCCGUAGGAAAAUCUCUUUAUGUGAAACGGUUGGCAGAGAAAGAACUGCUGGAACGUCCCAGGGCGAAACUCAUCACCAUCAGACUCACAGAACCAAACAUCAGCGUUGACUCAUUUGUCCAAAUGCUUUUGGGACAGCUGACUGUGUCGAGGGAACAGGAUCCUGUUUUGCUACACAUUGACACGGCAGUGGUCCGUUCUGGACUAGAGGAGGUCGUGUUCCAAUUGUUGGUACUGGGAUGUUUGAGCGACAGAUACGGGAUGCUUUGGAGGAAAAACCCAGCACACCUGAUUAUCAUCGAGGUCAUGAGACCCCACAGGAGGUCUGACUCCUCUCAGACCAAUGGGACUCUCCUGGAUGUUCUACCAACUGUCAAAUGUCAAGCUCCGAAAGAGGUGGAGCAGUUGUUGACCACAGGGAACCAACAAAUGGGGUCCCAUCGUUUGAUUGAUGGGACAGAGUUCAGCAGUGAGGGUAUUCAAAGACCAUACCAGUAUUUGAAAAUGUACAGACAAAACCAGAACUUAGACCGUUUCAACUAUCAGGAAGGAGUCACAAGAGGAAGUCAUGUCGACUGCCUCACACACCUUCUCCAACACUGUGGCAUGAAAGAUCCUUCCUGGUCUGAGCUGAAGAACUUUUCUCGCUUCCUUAAUGUUCAACUGAAAGACUGUGAGAACUCAGUUUACUGCGAUCCCGACUUUCUAGCCGGCCAGAUGGCAGGGUUCAAAGGCUUCGUUGUCAAGUUCAUGAUUUUGAUGGCAAGAGAUUUUGCCUCACCUUCUCUGAACUCAUCAGACCAAAGUUCCCGGCUACAAAUCGAUGAAGGUCUCGAGGAGGAGGUUCUUGCUGGCCUGACGCUCCGUAAACGCUGGGAGACUGAGUCCCACCCCUACAUUUUCUUCAAUGCUGAUGGAAUAUCUAUGUCUUUUCUGGGCUUCCAUGUGAUGGUUCCGAGAGGACAAACCUCACUCUGCGCUGUUGAUCCCCGCAGCAAAAAUGUUCUUCUCGUGAACGUGAUGUCACAGAAGCUCUUCCAGGACUUACAGCGGCAAAGAAUUUGUCUGACGGAGGACUUUGACCAGUUGCCACGUCCAGACAAACUGAGGCGUAUUUCGUGCGUUGUCCGUGCAGAGAAGACAGACCAAGACUUUGAUCCAGAUCCUACGUAUGAACUGACAGCUGACAAUGUGAUGAAGAUGCUCGCCAUUCACAUGAGAUUGCGUUGCGGAAUUCCAGUAGUCAUCAUGGGAGAGACUGGCUGUGGCAAAACCCGGUUAGUACGCUUUCUCUGUGCACUGCAGAGGCAUAACCGACCCACACAGAACAUGGUACUUGUCAAGGUCCAUGGCGGAACCACAGCAGAGAUGAUCUACAGAAAGGUGCAAGAGGCUGAGCUGCUUGCUGAGCAAAACACCCGCAUCCAUAAAAUUGACACCAUUUUAUUCUUUGAUGAGGCAAAUACCACCGAAGAUAUUUUCGCCAUCAAAGAAGUCCUGUGUGAUCGCUCAGUCCGAGGCAACCCACUAAAGAUGAGCGGUUUGAAGAUCAUAGCUGCUUGCAACCCGUACAGAAAGCAUUCACCAGAAAUGGUAGAACGUUUGGAACUUGCAGGAUUAGGCUACAGAGUUAAAGCAGAAGAAACAGCUGAUCGCAUUGGUAACGUCCCCCUGAGACAACUGGUCUACAGGGUCCACCCUCUACCACCCAGCAUGGCUGCUUUGGUUUGGGACUUUGGCCAGCUCAGUGACUCCACUGAGUACUCCUACAUCCAACAGAUUGUUUUGAGGGCCAUGAGAGACCAUCAGUUACCUGUUGACUGCUGGGACGUAGUGUCAAAGGUUCUGUCAGCCUCACAGAAAUACAUGAGGAGCCGGAAAGACGAGUGCAGUUUUGUGAGUUUGAGGGAUGUGGAAAGGUCCAUGAAGGUGCUGGUGUGGUUCUACAAGCACAGCCAGGACUUCUUUCACAACCACUCCCAUCUGACCAACGGUGACAAAACUCUGAAGUGUCUGAUUCUUGCUGUUGGGGUCUGCUAUUAUCCGUCCCUUGUAGCUAAAGAGGAGUAUCUCACCACAAUCUGCCGGUUCUUUCCAGUCGCCUUCUCUUCCUCAGUAUCACUGCAGGAAGAAAUUUCCAACUGUCAAGACUUCUUCCUUAAAAACAUUAGAACCAGGGAGACCAUUGCCAAAAAUGUUGCCCUCAAGGAGAAUGUCUUUCUCAUGGUGGUUUGCAUUGAGCUCAGAAUUCCACUCUUCCUGGUUGGAAAACCAGGCAGUUCAAAGUCCCUCGCUAAAACGGUGGUAGCUGACGCCAUGCAGGGCCAGAAUUCUCACUGCAAACUCUUCAAGAAACUGAAACAGGUUCACAUGGUGUCCUUCCAGUGCAGUCCUCACUCAAGUCCUGAGGGCAUCAUUGCAACAUUCAGAAACUGUGCCCGGUUCCAGAAAGACAAAAACAUGGAUGAGUACGUUUCUGUCGUGGUGCUUGAUGAGAUUGGACUAGCAGAAGACUCACCUCAGAUGCCCCUGAAGACUCUUCAUCCUCUUUUAGAGGACGGAAGUAUUGACGACCAACCUGACCCACACAUGAAGGUUGGUUUUGUCGGAAUUUCCAACUGGGCUUUGGACCCAGCAAAAAUGAACAGAGGAAUAUUUGUGUCCAGAUGGGAUCCCAGCGAGGAUGAGCUUGUAGAAACAGCCAAGGGCAUCUGUUCGUCAUCCAGACAAAUUCUUCUCAAAAUAAAACACCUCUUCCCAAGUUUGGCAAAAGCUUUUCUGGCGAUUUGUGAGAAAACCUCAAAGAACCAGUUCUUUGGUCUCCGCGAUUAUUACAGCCUCAUCAAGAUGAUCUUCACCGCAGUGAAGUCCUCACAACAGGAGCCAAAUGACAGCCAGUUGGUGGAGGCAAUCCUGAGAAACUUCAGUGGGCAGCCUGAGGGCUUUGAUCCAGUCAGUUUUUUUCAUGAGGUCCUCCAAAGUCAAAAUGAAAUUCAAAGGCCCAGCACUUUGCAAAUGGUGAAGAAGAAUCUUGAGCAUGAACCUGAGCAGGAAAGCCGCUACCUGCUUUUGCUCACUACAAACAGCGCGGCCCUUCAUACUCUCCAGCAGCAAAUCUUCUCCAAGGGAGACCGUGUUCAGCCUGAAAUCAUUUUCGGCUCCGGAUUUGCAAAAGACCAGGAAUAUGCCCACAUCUGCCACAAUGUGAACCGAGUGAAAACUUGCAUGGAGACUGGACGAACCGUUGUCCUACUUAAUAUGCAAAAUCUCUACGAAAGCCUCUACGAUGCCUUGAACCAGUACUACGUCUACCUCGGCAAGCAGCAGUACGUUGAUCUGGGUCUCGGCUCCCACAGAGUCAAAUGUCGAGUCCACACAAACUUCAGACUGAUUGUUGUGGAGGAUCAGAAGAAGGUCUACGAGCACUUUCCAGUUCCUCUCAUUAACAGACUUGAGAAACACAAGGUAGACCGCAGCACAGAUCUGCAGCCAUGGCAACGCAGAGUCCUUCACAAACUCACAGAGUGGGUGAAGGAGUUCACGUGUGCUUCGCUGGAGGAUUUCCAACUGUCUGAUGUUUUUGUUGGAUUUCAUGGAGAUGCUUGUGCAAGUGCCCUCCUCCAGGCUCUGGAAAAGAAAAUGCAAGAAAAUAAAGAGAAAAAAGACAAAAGUUCUACCACAGAAGUGACAGACAUGGCGGUUGAACCGGCGUCAUAUCAAAAAGCUGAGGACAGUUCCUCACAACAAUAUGGUGAAGAAGAAUUAGAAAACAAACCAACAGACGGAUCAGCAGAGGAAGACCUGGAAGCCCAAGUUUUCCAAUCAGCCAAAAUGUUCCUGCUCAACACUUCUUCUCCUGACGCUGUGAUGAGACUCAAGUUUUCAGGUCUUACAGAGUCAGAGAGGGGAAAACUCCAAAGAAUGUACUUUGAGCAGCAUCAUCAGCACUCUCUUCGAGACUUCCUGCAGGACUUUAAAGACCACAAUCUUUCGUCCACAAAGUUCCUGGAGAUAACAACGUUCUCCAGCGUGUUGACCUCAGCAGACAUAAAAGCGAUUGCUCAAUUGUUGGGUUUGGAAAUAGACAAUAUUCUACUGCUGUCCCUCCAUCAGUUUGACACAGAGGUGUCUUUCCGCACCAAAAUCAGGGGCUUCUUGUCGGACAGCGUCAACUGCCAUAAUGUCCUUUUGAUCCAGGUGGACCUUGAGGAGUCUCACUGCAGCAGUGAGCUCAUAGCAACAGCAAAAUAUUGCACCAUGAAUCACGUGAUGACUCUGCAGAACUGUACGUGUUGGGUGAUUUUCAUCGUCAAAGUUUCCAGAAUCACAAGUCAGUCCCAAUACAUCGGCUUUCAAGGAGGUGUCUGGCACUCUGUGCACAUUGACGACCUGAAGGACUCAAAGGACAUGAGCCCAAACCUUCUGGUUUACUGUGGGACUUUGAUCAGUGACCUGCUCAGCACAUCACCAUCAGAGAACCAGGAAGCUACUGGAGCACUGACUAAAAAGCAUGGGAGCCCCCACCUCGACAGCCUGUCUCUAGUUCGGUCGUGUGUUCAGAAGGCAGUGGGUUUGCUGAGGGACCCGGACAAUGUCUCCUCUCGGAGCAUGCAGAGAAUGCACAUUCUUCUGAAGCUCCUGAGUCCUGGUCAAGGAAGCACAGCAGAUCGCUUCCAGCGAUUACUGUUAGAGCGUCUGUCUACUCAGCUCAAACUACUGGAAGAAAGAAUGCAGGCUCCAGAACAUUGGGUCAGCAACCAAGCUAAGAAACGACAGGCGCUUCAGGAGGGGGGGACCCUCAGACGCACGCUGUGGCGCCACCUUCAGUCCAUGAUCACACCAAUCCUGACUAACAUCCUGGAGGUCAUCGACCGCUAUGCUAACCUGGACCAUCUCUUUGAAGAGAACAAUAGUUCCGGACUGGUGGUCAUGUGGUUGGACCUCCUUGGAGACUCACAUAGCCUGGAUCUAACUCCUUCCCCAAAUCUGAGUGGCACAGAUCAAGAGGUGCUGGUGCAGCACUAUUUCAUAUUGUCAGGUGUGGAGGAACGAUGUGCUGCCCCCUUCAGCUGGCUCAUCAAAUUGCAGCUGGAAACCUUGUGGGAGGAGUCGGAUUUCAUUCCAAACUUGGUCACCGACGGUACCGAUCAGCGUGUUCUGCGCUUCAUGAGCAGUUUUCGUAGCAGCAUGCUGAGUCAGCACCUACAAAAGCUCUCUGAUGAGGAGCAGCGUGAUUUCUUUGCUCGCUUUCUGAAGGAUUUCUUGCUGCUCUCAAUGAAGCUCAACUCUCAUGAGGAGGCCCAGGUGCUCUCCACAGCAGUGCUGGGUUGUGUUUCUGAGCUCCAGCACUCGCAUGGUGUCGCUGCCGAUUUCUCCCCUGCUUGGAUCACAGCAGCUGCCAAACAUUUCGCUCCUCGACUGGACUCUCUGUGCCAACUGAUGGCCCUGCAGCCGUCCGUGGCAGCAGCGGUGACUCUGCAAAGCUCAACAAAGGUGGAACCUGAAUACCUGAUGGAGGACAUCGUGGCUCUGGGCAUCAGUGUGGAACAAGCCAAACUGUUGACAGUGCAAUCACUGGAUGAGUGCGAGGAAUUUAUCAGCCGAGUGGACCUCUUGCAGCCUUGUCUGGACCAAGCCUUUGCUCAGCAGUACCGCGCUCUCUGUGGACCUGCCAGCCUUCAGCGCCUGGACUCCCUCCGGUCCUUGUGGUCCAGUCUCCUCUUGGUGGCUUCCUUCAUCCAGAACGUGGUAUUUAACGUGAAAGACCAUGGAGAGAAGCUGAAGGAGCUGUCACUCAAACACUGCUGCCUACUCCUCGGUCUCUCACGGGGGUCGCCUGACCUCCACAGCGUGGACGCACUUUGCCAGCUGAUCCGCAUCCUCAAUUCUUUUCAUGACGAGUCCGUCAGCCGGAAUCUAAGGUUUGGCACAUCCUGUGCUGUCUGUCUGUUGGAGCUCAGAGACCCGUCUGUUCUCCCAUGCGGACACACUGUCUGUCUGUCAUGUGUCCAAGAAUCUGUCCGACAACAGAGGCUCUCCUGUCCAACGUGUCGAAAGGAGCUGCCAAAUGACUUCAAGCCGACCAUAAACCCCAGUGUCCAAAUGUCGCUGAAACAACUAUCGGACGUCAGAGGGGUCUGCAACCGAUUCUUCCUGGAUGUGGUGUCAAGGUUCUGGUUAUGUGACGGACAGACUCCAGCAGAGGGCGUGAUUGAGGAGCUCUUCUCCAUUUUAGUCUCAGUUGAUGGUGGUGUCUACAAGACCCGGCAGCUCACACCAUUCCUGGGGUGUGUUGACACCAGUCCAGUGGUCCGUUCUGUUCUGCCGAAGCUGCUGCUCCAACACAGCUUUGACGAGGCGAAGAUCCACAUCCAGAAGUACCUGAAGAACCUGAGAGAGAACCUGCUGAACCCAGACGACCACACAAAACUCUACCUGCUCUUCGCCAACUGCUUCCAAGACUCACUGGUGUGUUCCAGUGCCAGAGGCCAGCCCCCUAGUUUGAAAGAAAAGCUGAGGUCCGAUACCAUGUUCCUCAGCAGACUAAUCCGGAAGCAGACUGCAGACAGGCACCAGGAUCCAGCUGAGUUCCUACUUAAUAUUGCAAGACUGAAGAUCUGUCUGAACUCAGCUGCUGAGAUCCUGAAAGAGCAAAGCGAAGAUGAAGUGAAUGGAGGUGAAGCGAUGCAGUUCCUCCACCAAGUGAAGGCACUGUGUGAGUCUGGACUGAACGAUUGGAACAGGAUCUACCUACUGAGAGCUCUAUACCAGUGCGCCAGCCAGGACCUAGUACUGACCCUGAUGAACGAACCCCACCGGAGGUGGAUCUUCCCGCCUCAUCUGCUACGAUUGCAGAAAUCGUCGUCCGCCUUUAAGAUGGACCUAUUCCUCUGCUGCGGGCCACAGUACCGGACUCUGAGAGAUGCUCUUGACCUGGUUCUCUUACAAAGGCCAUCAGACCGGUUCCUGAUGGAGAUCCAGAACCUGACGGGUCCGAGGAUAGGCCUGCUGGUUUUGGUUCUGUUCAGUCGGAUCACGAGUCGCUUCAGGUCUGCUGAUGUUAAAGUGCAUCCUUCACCAGAGGAAGUGUCCAGACUGAACCGUUUGCUGAAGCGUGUCAAAGCAGACCAGGUUAUAGAGUUCUGCUCAUCGCUGCUGGACAACAGCCUGGGUGGACGGAGCUCAAGUCUGCGAGUGGAGCCAAGUCUCUCUUCUCAGAGACUGAAGCUGCUGGAGUUGCUAGUCCACCUGGACUCAGUUCUGCUCAGUAGGAACUCUUUGCUGGAUCCUCUGAGGUUGAUUGCCUUCCAGACCAACAGCGCCACCAGAUUCUUCCUGCCAACGAUGCCAGAGGACCGGACUAGUGAGGCUCGCCAAUGGCUGGGAGAAAGGGGAAGCCUCCGCACAUUCUAUUGUGUCAACGAUCACCCGUGCUUUGUUGGGGAGUGUGGAAAACCUAUGGUGCUAUCUCGAUGUCCGGACUGCAAAGCUCCAGUUGGUGGAACAAAUCACACACCAGUUGUAGGAUUCACUGAGAACACACGCGGAGACCAGACUCGGACUGGCCACAUUCUGGGGGCAGCAGCGGGCAGGUCAGAGGCUCCGGAGCGCAAGCUCACAUACGUCCAGUCGUGUGUCUUGCGCAUGUUGCUGCACCUCGCCAUGAUGCAAGGCGCCACCAAAAACCAUCAGGACAUGGGCCAACUGAUUCAUCCUGAGCCACAACAUGUUGUCAGCUUCUUAUGGAGUCACUUGGAGACAGACUUGGCAGUUUUGGGGAAAAGUCUGGAUCAGAACCAAGAUUACACAGCCCUGGUUGUCCACUUGAUCCUCAGUGCUGCUCGCGAAUCUACUGGAGGCCGAGGCCAACAGGAUCUGUCUACCCGAAGUGGCCGUGAAAACUGGGAGGAACUGGUCUGUAGAGCUGCCAUCAACCCCGUUCUUUCUCAGAAGCAACAGCGGUUGCUAGAAGCUCAGCAGGUGAUCACAGCGGACGACAGUGUAUGCAGGAGUCCAUUGAUGACAGUAAUCUUUGGUGACCCUGCGGAAAUGUUGUCCCUGCCCUCCGACGGCCCCACGCAGAGUUCAACUUUUUGGACUCUUCCUGAAACUCUGACAAUUGAGAAGUUCUGUCAACUGGUGGAUGAAGGUGACGGACGCAAUAUGUUCCCUCUGCUGAUCCUCUUCCUGAGGAAGAUCAAGUGUGUCAGACAGCUACAUCACCUUCCAGCGUUUGCUGCUCUUCAUUCGGACCUGAUCCGGUUGUUUCCGCCCUCAUUGGACUCCACUCCACAUACUGUCAUUCAGAAGAUUCAGAAGAUACCAGCAGGGCCCCUGCGGAAGAAGCUACAGGAGACGGUGGAGAGAUUCCUGAGUGCAUGGAACUUCUUACGAUCUGAUCUGGUGAACAACGCACCAGAAUUGGGUUUGGAGGUUCGACUGUGCGACAGUGAACUAACGAUGAAAAGUUCAAGUGAGUUUCUGACACCAAGCCGCACUGGACCUGGUUCAUGUCUCCGAAUUCUGGUGGACUUCCUGUCUGAGACUCAUAACAGCCUGGUGAGAGAGUCGCGGAAGACGAGUCAAAACGACAACAGCGACUUCAGCGUUGCUCUGGACAGGAUCUCAGAGACGCAGCUGACCCUGUGUCAGCCUGAGCGUGAACUGCUGCCCCUUGUGUUGGCUAAUUGUCACUACAUGCUGAAGAAGGGUGGUGAGAUGGACAUCGUCUAUGACCUUCAGUCGAUCCAGAACCAAAUGAUUCGUCGCUUCUUUGCCGGGAAGCCAUUGAUCAAAGCGGACCCAGCUCGGUUCCAGAACAGACACCAGCAAGACUUCUCCCUGGUUCUGACAGAAGUCAGAAAGAAAGUGCCGCAAGAGCCUUUGAAGGGUUCUGUCAGUGCUUCUGUGAGGAAAAUUCUGCGUUCCUAUACGGACGUGUGUGAGGCCGUCCACCUGCUGGAGAUUGGGUUGCGCUUCCUCGCCAAAACAGACGGCGACCGGGAACUUGGGCUUAAAACCUUCUUGGCCGAUUCGCUGCAGAUGAGAGCUCAAAUCUCCACGCCUGUUGCAGAGAGUUUGAGAGCGAGCCGACUGCAACACAGCAUCUUCACCUGGCAACUGCUCACCUGCUGGAAGUCUGAGCUCAUGCUGAGCAGGGAUCAGGAUCCGUUUCAAAGAAUUCCUAAAGAGUUCCAGCAGAAGCUGAAAGGGGAUCAGAGGAAGCAGCUCAAGGCAUUUCUUGGUCUCACAGACGUAGAAACAUUCUGUUUAGAGCUUCAUGAGAUUCUGCUGCUGAAGACCAACAACAUGGAUCCAGACCAGCAGUACCAACCGCACUGGGACAUCAAGUCAACCAUGGAGGUACAUCUGGAGCAGAAGGACCACUCGCCCCUGUUGGGACUGGAGUCGUUUCCUCAGGAGAUUUUGUUGGGGCAAGGGACCGAUGUGUGGAGAACAGCUGUGGACUUUAGGAUUAAGUAAAUUACGGGCUGGGUCCUUGUCGAGUCUUAAAGUGAUGGACCCAUUUUUGAUCGUCAUGUGCUGAAAUCAAAGCUUAGCUGACCACAGUAAUUAAACCUGCAUUCAAAAUGUGUGUGAUUUUUAUUUUAUUUAGCUUGUUGGAGGGAACAUUCCUGUUGAAUAAAGAGAAUUUUAGUCAUUAAA